AUGAUUCGCGACCCUGGUGGCGCUAACCCAAAUGAGAAUCUAGAUUCACCACCGUCCCCAAAGUAUGAUCGUAUCAUAGGGCGUCCACCACCUCUGGACGACACCGAAACGCCGCUGGACAUGACUGUCCGCCGGAAGGAUUCAUCCGACGGGCAAGGAUCUCCAACCGGUGCAAGUGGAUGCGAUCAGUCAAGGGAUGUACCCAUCAAUCUCAACGUUCGCCCGAGUGUGAUAACGAAAGCACCACCUCCACCGAUUAAGAAACGAAUCAGUCAUAUGCACACCAAUGGGGAGAUCGUGCUGAAAAGUAGCGUCAAAACAACGAGCACUACAACCGUGGAAUUAUCGCCGAUUGUUAACGUUUCGUCCACGUACUGUGAUGUAUCCAUCGAAGAACACUUUCGGCGUUCUCUUGGUCCAACCUACAGCUCAAUCUACGGCGACAAGCAACAGCUACAACAAUCGUCGUCGUUGAAUAUGACGAAUAACAACACCAGCACUAACCAGGUAUCGUUUCCACUCGACCCGUCUAUGCAUCACGCUCAACAGAAUCAUCCACUGCCGCUUCCUCUGCUACUGCAGAAACACGUCAUGGAAACGAGCGAGUCAUUACCUCUGACUGUCGCUGCUACCGGUGUAACAACCGGUGGAAUGCGAAAUCACAGUAGCAGCAGUAUUAGCUCCAGUUCAUCCGUGAGCUCUAACAGCAGCAGUUCCAGUAACAGCAGCUGCAGUAGCAACAGCAUCAGUAAAAAUAUCAGUAUGAGACCCACGGGCUCGAUGAGUGGUGGGAUUCGGGCGGUCGCACCAGAUACAAUCGAGUUAAAGCUGUCAAGCGAUCCAGCCCCGCCGAUACCGUUGGUACCGGCCACCGUCCUUCCGCCAUCUCCUGGAGCUCCUUCGCCAGCGGCGGGCCUAUCGAAUCCGACUACCGUAGCCAUAUCUUUAACGUCUCCGAAACACCUGCACCAGCAACCACCACCGCCGGCCGUAUCGCCUGCUUCUCUGACUACAACUAUGUCUCUAUCUUCUUCCUCGCCGUCGUCGUCGUUAGCAUCCUCGCCUGCACCGUUCCUUCCAAUUUCGUCGCAACAACAUCAAAAGAGGCCCGAUUCGGGUGAAGAAGUUGAUGAUCAUUUCGCAAAAGCUCUCGGUGAUACAUGGAAAAAAAUUCAAGAGAAUAAGAUGAAUUUGUGAGCGGCAACUGUUGGGGGAAGAAUGAUUAA